CACACACACACACACACACACACACACACACACACACACACACACACACACACACACACACACACUCCUCCUAUCACUCCUCCCUCGCUCGUUUGCUUUCUUCUUUUCUCCCUCCGCCUCAGUUCCUCAGUGUCUUGUGGAGAGGUGGCAGUAAGUGUGUCGUCUCCAUGGCGCUCCCGUUGCGCUCGCAGCAUCUCUGUUCCGUCCCGUUAGACUCGGACAUCAUAUAGGAGACCGGCGUCACUGACCAAAACUUAUCCAUAACGAGCUGCGCUGUCUUCGAUAUCCCCGUCUAUAUCACUCCAAAACUUUAGUUGGUCUUCCCUCGAACACCGUGUUUCUCUGCAACACCCAUCUUCCUGAUGGACGGGGAUGUGUGUGUCGGGCUCUGGUGCGGAUCUACGCGGCCACAGCGGAGGAAAAGCACCGCGCGGAGGAGAAGAAGAUCCGAGCUGCUCGGAGUCAGGAUGUGUCUGAUGGGUCUAAUGCUCGCCGUGCUGUCAGGACUGACUAUCUGGACCGGCAAUUCGGGAUACAUCAUGUCCAGCAUUGGAUCUGAGGUCAGUGAGCCAUGGGAGAGUCGCAGGCUUCUUCAACACUUUACCAAUGAGACUGAGCUCUAUGCUGUGAGGAACUGCACUCAACCAGGUAUACACGAGUUCCCUCGGGACGUUUUUACUGAACAAGAGCGAAUGGAGGGAGCUGUGGCCCUGCACAUUAUUGGUGCCAUGUACAUGUUCUAUGCCCUGGCGCUUGUGUGUGAUGACUACUUCGUGCCAUCCCUGGAGAAGAUUUGUGAGCGCCUCCAUCUCAGUGAGGAUGUGGCUGGAGCAACAUUCAUGGCAGCUGGCAGCUCAGCACCUGAACUCUUCACCUCUGUCAUAGGAGUGUUUGUUACCAAGGGAGAUGUGGGAGUAGGAACAAUCGUCGGUUCUGCAGUCUUUAACAUCCUGUGCAUCAUUGGAGUGUGUGGGAUCUUCGCUGGUCAGGCGGUGCGUCUCUCCUGCUGGACUCUAAUGAGGGAUUCCAUGUACUACACUGUGUCAGUGGCCACUCUGAUUGUGUUUAUCUAUGACGAGAAGGUUACAUGGUGGGAAUCACUUAUCCUGAUUUUGAUGUACCUGGUUUACAUUUUAAUAAUGAAAUGUAACUCAUAUGUGGUGCACUACUUUGAGCGGAGGAAGAAGAAAGCUACAAACCUGGGAAAUGGUACAACGAGCACCACAGACCUUGAUGACGGAUGUGAUGCUACGGCUGUGCUACUCAAGAAAGCGAAUUUCCACAGGAAGCCGUCAGUACUGAUGGUGGAUGAGUUGCUGUCUGCGUAUCCACACCAGCUCUCCUUCUCUGAAGCUGGCAUGAGGAUUAUGAUCACUAGUCAUUUUUCUCCUCGAACUCGUCUCACCAUGGCCUCCCGCAUGCUUAUCAUGGAGCGGCAGCGUCUCAUCAACGGUCAUUUCAGUAAUGGUGAUUCUGAGGUGAUAGUCAAAUUUCCUGUAAGGCGUGGAAUGGAGAAUGGCAUUGUGAGUGUAGAGCGAGGCCUGAAUACAUGGAGGAACGGGCAUCGAGAUGAAGAAACACGAGGUGCAGAUCCUGGCACUGAUACAGAGAAUGAGAAUGAGGAUAAUGAGAACAAUGAGAAUGAUGAGGAGGAGGAGGAGGAAGAUGAGAAUGAAGGACCCUUUGUUCCUUUCCACUGCCCAGGGGGCAUGUGCAAUAAGGUGAAAUGGAUGUUGGCAUGGCCUCUGAGUCUGCUGCUUUUCUUCACGGUGCCCAACUGUGCCUCACCUCGCUGGGAGCGCUGGUUCAUGGUCACCUUCAUCAUCUCCACACUCUGGAUUGCUGGCUUCUCUUACAUCAUGGUGUGGAUGGUGACAGUCAUCGGCUUCACUCUGGGCAUCCCAGAUGUCAUCAUGGGAAUUACAUUUUUGGCUGCAGGCACCAGUGUCCCUGACUGCAUGGCGAGCCUUAUAGUGGCACGGCAAGGCCUAGGUGACAUGGCUGUGUCAAACUCCAUUGGCAGUAAUGUCUUUGAUAUACUGGUUGGCCUGGGGCUUCCCUGGGCUCUUAAGACUCUUGCUAUUGAGUACGGCUCAACAAUUCAUCUCAACAGUAAAGGCCUAAUUUUCUCAGUUGGACUGCUUUUAGCAUCUGUGUUUUUUACGGUUCUGGGUGUGCAUCUGAAUAAGUGGACCCUGGACAAACGUCUGGGCUUUGCGUGUGUCCUGAUGUAUGCCGUUUUCCUGUGUUUCUCCAUCCUUAUUGAAUUCAAUGUCUUCAUCUUUGUCAAUCUGCCCACUUGUCAUUGACAACACUCUUCUCGAUCACUUACCCUCUUUUGGUCGGUUCCAUGAGGACUUGUCAUUCCUUGUUUGAGGAAGAUCUGACCUGUCCUUUAUGAAAACAUUCUUCUUGAUCAAGUAAAUCCUCCCUUUUUUCCACAUGUGAUGGAGCAUUUGGUCAGUAGCUUUGGCCAGUGAAAAGAGGAAAAGAGAGGAGCACAUGUGCAUGGUGGAGCUGAUCAAAGACUCAGACUUCUUAGACAGGACCGGGAGAUGGACAAAGAUGACUACUGCCUGGUUUGAUGUGAAAACAAAGGUUUGAACAUUUUAUAUGAAUAUUAAGAACUGAAUUGUUAUAUUGAAAUAUUAAGAAUUUUUGUUUGUGUGUAUAAUGACGUUUGUUUUAUUAGCUGCUAAACUGGCUAAGAAAAGGUCAAACUGAAGACCGUGGCCAUGACGUACUUAGUACUUAUGGGUACACAAAAGUUUAUGAUAUUGAAAGAUUUCUUAAGAGAUUACUAUAAUAGUAGCUAAAAGGUACUGGUGACCUGUUACACACUCUUAUGGACAAUACAGAUGUGGUUGAUCAGGUGACUGGAGAUUAUAAUGGGCAUUAAACCCAGAUUAAUUCAUACUUCCCUCACCAGCUCUGUCUGGCUGCCAGGGAUUAUAUUCCUCAACAUUGAGGAUUCAUUUUUAAACAUGUUAAAUAAGAGUAUGUUUACUUAUUGUCUAGAUGACCAGAGUAGGAAAGGUUGAAAGAUUGUUGUACAUAUAAAGAUAUUUAUAGUUAACUAGGGCUGGACAUAUUUUCCCUUGAAGGUCAUGAGAAAGUGUCAUGUAGGUAUCAUUGGUAUUUGGUACAAGGAAAUAAAAUUUGAUCAGGGUUCUAGUAAACUAUUUAUGGUCAAAUUGAAAAUGAAAAUAUGUUGAUGCUUAUAUAAGAUGUUUACUAAUUAUUUGUUUUGUUAGUUGCUCUGUAUAUAUGGAAGCAGAGAUUUGUCUAUUUAAUAAUUUAUUGAAAAACUAUUUAUGCACAGUAAUUUCUUAUUGUAGUCCUAAAGGAAACCACAGCUGUCCCAAAGAAAUGACCAGUUUCAGCCACGCUUUGUCACUUUAACGUUGAAAGCUUUGUGUGCCACUUUUUUUUUUUUUAAUGAAAUUGUUUCAGCGUACCUACGUGGCAUGAUUACUGCAAGGAGUCAACAGACAGUAUGUGUGUUUCACUUAGUGUUUUUGGCCAGUCACAAGAUGUCCACCCAGAGGGCCCUGCCAUGCAAACCCUUGUAGCUGAUUAACAGGAACGCAUCCUGGUAAAAUGAAGCUAUUAUCUUAAUGAGCAGGAUUUCAUCAAAAAAUAUGAUUUUAUGCAGAAAAAAACACUCUAACUCUCUGGUCUUGUAGAUACUGGUAAAGUAGUUUGGGCUUUGAGGAUGAAUCCAAACAUCAUCUAGAAAUAACUGAAAGCUUGCGUGUUUGGACUGCUUUCACACAACCUAUUUGGAUCGUCUAGUUUGGAGAUAUCACUUGAAAAAAUAUCCUCACCAUGGAUCUGCCUGAGAACUGUGAACAGUGGUACAGCAACCUGUAAACCUAUACGCUGUAUCUUAUCAGAGGGCUUUAUCCACUUUAGAUAGGUGCCCAAAUUCCAGCUACAGUAACACAACCCAAGUCACUCUGUCACAAUAUAUGUUAUAUGAAAAUACAUAUAUUUAUGCACUGAGCAAUUUACAUGGUCUUACUGUUCCUAGCUGAACAGCAGAAUUUAGCUUAUAUAACUGUAUUGUAAAAUGCUGUAAAAUCAGCAAAGUAUUUUUAUCACAAAGAAGCUGUUUGUACUUUAUAAUGCAAAAUGUUUCAAAAGGUUAUCUGCUUUCAAAUUUAGGAUGUGCAUCAACUUAUUUGAUAUGUACAUAGUCUAGCUCAUAAAAUUAAUUUUCAAUUGUACGCUGUUCAUUUCUUAAAGUGUUUCUUUCUAUCUACAGUUUCUACCAUGUCUUUUUCCUUUUGCUACUUGGAUAGAAAAUACAGAAAAUAUCGUUCUUAGAUUUGCCAUAUUGAUAGAUGUGUUGGUGUAUUACAUUGUAUGAGUGUGAUUCCUAAAAUCCCAAAAUUGAAAUGUCAGUAUUAGCAAUA